UGUAACCUACAUAAAAAGUCAACAAUUAAACAACAACAACAAAGAACAUGGAUGACAAUCCAAUCAUUUAUAUUUUAGAGGCAAGAAUUCAAAGACAACGUUUAAAAGACAUGCAAAAUUCAGCACGAAAAAGACAAAUACCAAUAGCAGAGCAAUACAGCUCAUCAGUGACUCAUAUUGUAACAGAGUUUGACAAUGCUGAUGCUGUUGCACGCAAACUUGGACUUGAAUCUGCCAGAUGUUUAAAUCAGAGACAAGUAGUGAAAUUGCAGUGGUUUGCAGAUUGCAUAAGGGCUGGUUGUUUAGUGCCAGUGGAUGAGCACCAUAAAGUAAGGUCUGGAGAAAAUAAUCAGUCUGUGAGAGAGGUAGCCCCACCAGUGUCUGCCCGUAUCCCUGACUAUGCCUGCCAGAGGCACACUCCUCUCCGGCAUCACAAUAACAAAUUCACAGAUGCAUUGGAAAUAUUGGAGAAGUAUGCAGAUCUCAGAUACGACGAUCAAGAUUACUCAAGAGCACUUGCGUUUCGGCGAGCGUCAUGUGUGUUGAAGUCCCUGUCACGGCCGUUGUCAAGGUUGAGUGAGAUACAGAAUGUGACGCACAUCGGCAGUCACAGUCAGAAGGUCAUACUGGAAAUUCUUGAAGAUGGCACAAGUGAAGAAGUGGAAAAAAUAUGCGCAGAUCCUUGGUUCCAGAAAAUGAAGUUGUUCACUGCAAUAUUUGGGAUAGGACAUGCACGAGCCAAAGAGUUCAUAGCCAAAGGCUGGAGCAGUAUACAGGAGGUACGGGAUGGAUGUACAUCAUCAGACUGGAGGAUCCAGUGGGGUCUUGCUUUCCAUGAGGACCUAACUACCCCUGUGACUAGGGCAGAGGCUGACUACAUUCUGGGGGUAGUCAGGCGCCAUGUGGACAGGGUGCUGCCUGGAGCUGUGAUGGAGCUUACUGGGGGAUUCAGAAGAGGAAAACAGACUGGUCAUGAUGUGGACAUACUAAUCACACACCCCGUAGAAAACAAAAUAAUAGAAGCUCUACCAAGACUGUUGCAGAGCCUACAGAGUCAUGACAUAGUGUUGUGUGGCCACCAUGAGAGGAGUACAUACCACGAGGAACUACUGACACAGAAUACAAAGCUCUCACCAAGAGGGCAGUUAGACCAUUUUGAGAAAUGGAUCGGAAUUAUUAAGGUACCCAAUAAAAUACGAAUCAAAGAUGAUCAAAGUGAUAAAACUUCAUCUCAUCAACAUGGAAACAACAAUCGCAAUACAGACAUGAAAGAGAACAAGGACAAAUUUGAGAACAGAAACCUUGAAAGUGACAAUAACACUGAUUCACAUAAGAGUGAUGUUGGAAAUGAGAAAUAUCAAAGACAGGAAGAUACUCUAGACUCUGGCUCAGCUAUCUCAGAUUCAUUGGAAGAUGUGUGGGAAAGCUUGGAUAAAGCAUCGUCAUCCCCUAGCCCAAGUCAUGGCAAUCCAAGGGAGGUAAAAGCCAGCCAGGGAGACUGGAUUGCAAGAAGGGUUGAUCUCAUUAUCUCCCCUUUCAGUCAGUUUUUCUAUGCACUGGUAGGUUGGACAGGUAGUAAGCAGUUCAACAGGGACGUGCGCACCUAUGCUGAACGAGAGAUGAACAUGAAACUCUCCAGUCAUGGCCUGUACGACUUCAAUCAGGGGAAGCAGCUUGUGGCCAGUAGCGAGCGUGAAGUGUUUGACAACCUAAAGCUGCCUUACUUUGAACCUCAGGAUAGAAACUGCUGAUAAAUGUUGCCUCUGUGCAUCAAAAUAUAAAGUGUUCUAACACCAAACUCUGCUUAUUUUUAUUAUACAAAGAAGGAAAUCAAGUGUUGGCUAUUUUGCAAUGUUCGUGGUGGUUUCCUAGGUUUUGCAAAAUGUUCUGAUGAAUCCAGGGAAAUUGAACAGUGAAAUGCACAUGCUCAAACAUACCGUAUCAAAAUUUUAAAACCUUGACCUCUUGGAUAAAUGUGAUGUAAACAAAGUUUGAUAUAUUGUGAUAAAAUAUAUAAUAUAAUUUAUACAAAACUUAAGUUCUUAAAAUUUAUAACAGUUUUGAGCUUUUUCGUAGCAUUAUGCAUUCACUAUAGUUUUGCUUAGUUUGGGGUUAUAUUAAACUUUUUAAUUUAUUACUAAAUCAUUUGACAUCAUUUGUUUCAUUUUUCUUUAGUUUAAUUGUGAGCAUAUUGUUGUAAGGGUUAGAUGACAUAAUUUAAACGUGGGGAUCAAUUAACGUCAUAGAAAGAUGUGUAUAAUUUUGAAAAAAUAGUUCUCGUGCAAUAACUUUAAAUGUGCAGAGAAGGACAAAUAAGAUCAUGUUAGAAUCAAAAUAAUACAUUUUAUACCAUAAUUUGCUGGAGAAUAACCCACAGCCAGGGGUAUAGAUGCUUAACAUUCCUGAUUUAAUUCCAACGCAUUUAUUCUCCUUACUGUUAUUCCACAAAAACUAUUAACUAAAAUUGUGAAUUCUUAAUAAAGAAAUUAUUAAGUUGUUGUUUGCUAAAUAUUUUAAUUGUUGGCUCACUAUCAUCUCAUAAUGAGCUGUUAUAUUACAUAUAACUAUUUGACACAUACAAGUUUAACAAAAUUAUUUCAAUUAUUUUCAGUAUUGUUACAAAUGAACUUUUUCAUUCACAUGUCUUACACUUCUAUUGACUUCACUGGAUGUUUUCCCCAACCUCCGCGCAGAGAUUUGAUGGGAACCAACAUAGCUGAAUCAAAUUGUAUGUGAGUGCAAGGAACGACAAGUCUGCCUGGAGAUUGUGUUUUCCCAUAUGGCCAGUUUCCCAUAAAGACAAGUUUACUCGGUCAUGUAGGCUAAUGAAAGAUAGACCAGACAUUAGUUUAAGAGGCCACCCAUGGUCUUCUCAGCACUGACAUCAAAUAGGCCUACUACAUUUAUCUUUGCCUUUUGUGCUGAGUAAUUGUUAAGCACCUUAUACCCUGCAGAAUAGUGUACCAUCACACACAGCAAAUGAGUGUUCUUGGGUUGGGGUGGAGCUUUAUUAUUGAACCAUGUUACCUGAAAAAAACUAACUUUUAAUGCUAGGUUGCCCAGACUGGCGACUAUAUCUAGCACUUAAGUGGCCCCGCAAAAAAGUGAGUAACCCAAACCUAAGUACACGUCAUAAUUAGCUUUAAGACUAAAUCAGCUCAUACUUAUUUUCAACAAAACAAAAUCAAAAAUUAAAUUGCUGUUAAUCCCUCAAUACAUUAUGCAUUUUAUAAGCCUGAAUCUUUGUGCUGUUUAAAAAUAAACAGCGGAAAAACUAUUUGGAGCGUUUUAAAAAAGCUUGUUGCUCAGAAGGACUACCAUAUUUUGAAAAUGACCUAAAUUAUUUGCCCUGGGCGACUGAACAGCCACUAAUUUAUAUCUCCGUGAUCACAAAUCUCAACAUUUUGUAAAUUUUACGUUGAUUUACAUUGGUAUGUUAAUUGAAAUUAAAACAAAGACAUGAUA